CUGAUUGGAAGAGCUCUCGAUAGGUUCGGCCUUGGGUGCCAAAUUCUGAAAAUUUUGAAGAAUUUCCAGAAUUUGUGCAAGAUUGAUCGGCUGAUUUUUCGGGUCAGAUUCCUCUGUGUUUAUGGAACUGCCCGUUUGAGGAGUUUUAUCGGACAUUUUUUUUAUGGUAUAUGAUGAAUGCUGCGUUUCAUUCAAUUGUUUGAUCGAAUGAUGGCUCUGAUACCAUAUUAGAAAUAUUAGAAUAAAUUCACAGCAUAAUAUUCAUCUUAUUCAAUUCAUCAUCAAAUGAUGAGUAUAUAUAUUACAAAGUGAAUAAUCUAGACAAUCAAGGAAGGUAAGUGGAAGAUAAUAAAAUAUCUUUGAUUGGUAAUUUGAUUCCAAUCAAGGAUAUUAUCCUAGUCAUCAAUAUUAUUCCUUUGUUUGACACUAUUCUUUGUUUGACAUUUCUAACAUAUACUUCAUACUUUAUCCCCUGCAUACUAAAGAAUUGAACUCAUGGGUCUACCUAGUAAGUCGCAGCAGUCGUCUGAUCUGUGCACUUCAACCAUUUAAGUGACAAAAUGCUAAAACCUAAAAGUGUUCAUUUCUAACAACUGAUGUUUAUUACGGAGUACUACUAUAUAAUUAUAGACCAAAUAAUGAACAUAAAGACAGUUUAAUAUUUGAACGUAGACUGGAAUGAUUUUUUCAGAGUCAUAUUAAGCUGCUUUAAAUUUGACUUUUAAUUGGUUGCAUAACUCUCAUUUAUCAUUUAUGUUGCUGUCUAGUCUCUACCUUUAUUGGGUUGCUGUUGUAAAUUGGGAUCACUUAUUUAACAUAAUUUUUUUAAAAAUUCGGUUCAGUUUUUCCUAGAGCUGAUGAAAGUUCCAAGGGUAGAAUCCAAGCUCAGAGUCUUUUCCUUUAAAAUCCAAUUCUGUUCCCAGGUUUCUGAUUUAAGAAAAAGUUUAAAUAUUGUGAACUCUACUGCUGAAGAGGUCAGAAAUUCUGUGAAGUUGAAAAGAAUUAUGCAGACAAUUCUAUCCCUGGGCAAUGCUUUGAAUCAUGGGACUGCAAGGGGUUCUGCUGUUGGAUUUCGGUUAGAUAGUCUUCUAAAGCUGACCGAUACACGUGCUCGUAAUAACAAGAUGACUCUAAUGCACUAUCUCUGUAAGGUUCUUGCUCAUAAGCUACCAGAAGUAAUGGAUUUUCCUAAUGACCUUUUGAGCUUAGAGGCUGCAACAAAGAUACAACUAAAAUAUUUGGCAGAGGAAAUGCAGGCCAUCAGCAAGGGGAUGGAGAAAAUUCAACAAGAACUCACUGCCUCAGAAAAUGACGGCCCUGUGUCUGAGAGUUUCUGCACUACAUUAAAGAAUUUUCUUAGCUACGCUGAAGGUGAAGUGAGAUCUCUCGCUACCUUGUAUUCUGGAGUGGGAAGAAAUGCUGAUGCUUUGGCUAACUAUUUUGGAGAAGAUCCCGCCCGUUGCCCAUUUGAACAAGUUGUAUCAACUCUGCUGAAUUUCGUAAGGAUGUUUAAAAAAGCUCACGAAGAAAACUGCAAACAGCUUGAGUUUGAGAGGAAGAAGGCUGAAAAGGAAGCAGAAAACGAGAAGGCCCAACUAAACGCUUCGAACCAACAGAUGGGAAAUGAAAAGAUGAAGAAGAGUAAUUCCUCCAUAGGCACCGCCGCGGAACAUCAUUUGAUAGAAACAACAUAGAGCACAAGUUCCUGUUGGUUUGAGUCCAUUCUUCGACUGUUGCAAAAUGCAAAGGCAUAUGGUGGCUUGAAAGAGAGUUCAGCCAAUUGGGAAGAUAAAAUACCACUUGUUUCGCACAAAUGAAGACCAUUUUUUCUAUCGCUGUAGAUGUGGAGUUGCGAAGCGACGUAGGCGCGGGCCCCACACGCGAGAGACGGUUUUUAAGGAUUGGUCAAUGUAAGUAAAUACUUGCUCCAGUGUUGGUUAGAGGUUUGAACUAGUCUCCUGAUGUGUGUUAGCAUUUCAUUUCUGGUUUUAGAUGUGUAAAUGUUGUCAAAGCUGGUGUGUCUCAAAUCCCCAUUCUUGCAUUGUCUAUAUUUUUUUGUUGCCUAAAAAGGGUUUCAUCUCCCAAAACAAUACAUUUCAGUGGUUGAAUGUUGUCUGGUCAACACUUUGUCAAGUUUGAUGUAAUAUGUGAUGUAACACGUUUGGUUCAACCCAGAUAUUAGGUUGUACAUUUAUUAUUUUUCGUAUCAAUAUUUUGGAGUAGUGUGUAUUCUUCGUAAUUGUAUGUACUUAUAAGUGGUAGA